GGAGUCCCGCAGCUUUAAGUUGUUAGUAUUUUACCAAUAACCCUGUAUAAUACAAAUUACUGUGAUGAUCGUGGGAAACAAUAAAAACAAAUCUUUUAGAUCGCACAACAGAAUGACGUGGCAAACUUUUUUUGGCAUAUAAGUUUGAGGUGGACCACCCUUAUCACUUAGGGAUAAAAAAAUAGACAAUGACCUAUUCUCAGUCCUAUCGAAUAUACAUAUUUCCCGUUUCGGAGGAAUAUGGUAAUUAAAACUGUGACACGAGAAUUUUAUAUAUUAUAUUUUACCAAAAUGUUCGCGUCUCCUCUGGUCUUAUUCAAAGGUUUUAUCUCUUAUUUCUUCCUUCUGGCCCAUGACAGUGUAGAUUUAUAUACUCAAAGGAAUGCGUUAGUCAAUAUAGUUACGGUCGCUGUUCAACCCCAAUCGUUUUCCCAGUAGUAAUUUGUUAAUCUUUUAUUAAUAUAAAUUUCUCUUUAUUAAGUUUAAUAAGUUAGUUACGGAUCCGAAAACAAUUUAAAGGCUUUAUUCAAUAAGUCGACGUAUGUUUAUUUCUGACUGUGAGUCUAUUAUUAUGUUACUUUGUCUACAGUGCCAGAUGUUCUAUUAACUCAGCUAUUGUGUUUUCAUAUUAAUUGAUCUGUUUUCCUUAGUUCGUUUAUUGGUAUCCACGUUUCAGCUCCAGGAUGUUGUGGCAGCCGAUAAAUUUAACGCAGGCAUGCCCUGUUAAUACUCAUAUAGAAGCGUGUUCAUAUUUCGGUUAUGUCUACUUGAACCUCCUGAUUCGUUUAUAUGGUGAUUCAGAAGAUAGAAGAACCCAAAAGAAGUUAAAUUUCAGAGAGCAAAAUGACCAUACUAAUAAAAUAGUGGAAAAUUUGUAUCACUAUGAAAAUAUAUUUGACGAUGAUGAGAGAGCUGAACAGUAUGAUUUCAUUGUGGUUGGAGCGGGAGCCGCUGGCUGUGUCGUGGCUAACAGAUUAUCAGCAAAAGAAGAAUGGAAGGUGCUCCUUCUAGAAGCAGGUCCUGAACAACCAGACGUUACCCUUGUCCCAGGGCUAUCCACCGCACUGAUCGGCUCUAACAUCGACUGGGACUAUUCCACAGAGCCCAACGGAAAAAGCUGUCUCGCUAGACCUGGAGAACGUUGUAGCUGGCCUCGUGGUAAAGUCAUGGGUGGAUCCUCUUCUAUCAACUCCAUGGCGUAUAUAAGGGGUAAUAAAGUUGAUUACGACGAGUGGGCAGCCCUAGGCAAUCCAGGUUGGAGUUACGAAAACGUUCUGCCAUUCUUUAAGAAAUCGGAACAUAACUUAAACUACGAAGCACUGAAUAGAAAAUAUCAUGGUGUCAAUGGCGAACAAUAUGUCUCCAGAUAUCCUUACAUUGACGACCCUUCUCUCAUGAUGACUGAUGCUUAUAAUGAAGCAGGUUUACCACUUGUCGAUUACAAUGGUGCCCAACAACUGGGAACAAUGCAAGCUCAAUCUAUUGUAAAAGACGGAGAAAGAAUAUCUACCAACAACGCUUUUAUACAAUCUAUUAGAUAUAAAAGGGAUAAUCUUAUUGUCAAACCUAAUGCAGAAGUCAUUAAAAUAUUAAUAAACGACCAUAAGCAAGCUUACGGUGUGAUAUAUGUAAAAAAUGGAAAGAAAAUCUCUGCUCUUGCUAAAAAAGAGGUUAUAGUAAGUGGCGGCACUAUUAACUCUCCGAAACUAUUGAUGCUUUCAGGGAUAGGUCCUAAAGAGCAUUUACGCGAUUUACAUAUAGAUUUAGUACAAGAUUUGGCUGUUGGUGAAAAUUUACAAGAUCAUCCAACUUUCAAUGGAUAUGUUAUUGCACUCCCUAAUAAAACAGCGACGUCUGCAAGUCAGACAGAAAUUCUGGACCAAGUAGAUUCUUUUAAAUAUUCUGAUAUCAAAAAUGGGCCUCUUUCAGGCAAUGGUGCUGUUAAUUCGAUAUCUUUUAUUAAAUCAGAUCCAUAUUUACCAGCACCAGACAUCCAAUUUCAAGCUGAUGUCACUAAUUGGGAGGAAUAUAUCAAGGAGCCUACUGUAGUUGAUUCUAUAACCAUUUUUCCUACCUCAUUUUACAACGCGAUUUUGCCUCGGACAAUGAAUUUAGUGCCCAAAAGUAGAGGGAAAAUAUUAUUAAACAGUACCAAUCCAUACGGUAGUCCAUUGAUAUACGCAAACUACUUCGGCGACUCGAGAGACUUCAUACCUAUUGUAAGGGGAGUAAGGUUCCUUUUAUCUUUAGAAAAUACUAACGCGUUUAAAUCUAGAGGAGCAUAUUUCAUAAGGACUCCUUUGGAAGCUUGCAAGCACUUAGAAUGGGGAACCGAUGAUUACACUUUAUGUUUAGCACAGUCUUACACUUCUUCAAGCUAUCAUCCUGUAGGAACAUGUAAAAUGGGCCCUAAAAGUGAUAGAAAUGCUGUAGUGGACCCAAGAUUGAGGGUAUAUGGUAUUCAUGCUCUUAGAGUUAUUGACGCAUCAAUUAUGCCGGUUGUACCUCGAGGCAACACAAAUGCUCCGAGUAUAAUGGUUGGAGAAAGAGGCGUUGCAUUUGUUCUUGAAGAUUGGCUUGGAAGUCAUUGAUAUUUUAAUUUUACAAUGAGAAAGUAUUAAAAAAAAGCAUUAAUUUCCGAAAUCAAACUAGAUGUCGCUACGGUACUUUCUUGAUUUCUCCAUGACAACCCUUCCGGUUUCAUGUAUAAAAGUAAAUCAACUUUCAAAACUCAAUAUACAACUCAUAUUCUACUUGUACUUUUCGUAUUUGUAUAAAUAUCUAAGUUUUGAAUUUUGCAAAUUUCAAUUUUAUAAUGUUAGUGAAAAGGAACGGAAACGACUAUCUUUUGUUAAUUCGUUUCCUGCAAAAAUCAACUUCUGUUAGAGUGCCAUCUAGUGAGGUGCUUUUUAGUGCUUUCCUUUUUCUUAAAAAAUAUAGAAAGUGAUUUAAAUAAUAUCGAAGUC